AGCUGUUUACUUGCUCUUCAUCUGUGGCACAGACUUUUAGACCUCACAGAGGCUGCCCCAGAGUCAGCGAGAGCUUGGCUGAGGGAUUCUCUUCCCAUAUUAAUCAUUCAUCCGAAAGCUCAAAUAGACGGCGCAAAAGGCAACAGAUCAGUCAAGCCAUAGAUCUGCCCAAAGUGCAUAGCAACAUAACCGCCUCCCGCUACAUUCCACCUUGUCUGG